AUGACGUCGCCCAGCCCCGUCUGCGAGGCCACGCUUUUGGCCCCCGACUUUGCGCGGCUGGAUGACCACCGCGCGCCGUUGUGCACUCCCACCCUGCGUGCCCUGGGCGGCGAUCACCUGGCUGUCGGCACCCACUCGCUGAGCAGUCCGCACAUCGCCAGCCCGGCGCUGGCCGGCUGGACGCCCCGGUUGACGGGCAAGGAUGAGGAUGCAGAGGAGGGUGGUGGGGGCGGCCCCAGGCUGAGAUCAAUCGAGCGCGCGUCACUGGCAGCCGCCACCGCUGCCCCUUCUCUGGCGCUGCCCAUCGAGCCGGUGCCGCUGCCGCCCCUCCUCCAAAGCAACUUCCUGUCUGUCAGCUUGCCCACCAACGUUAGCGAGUUUGCAGGUGUGGCAGACUUCAACCAGACCCAGGCAGGCAGCAACAGUGAUGCACCUGUCGGCGUUUGCGGAAUGCCACAGUUACUGGUCAAGGCGGAGCCCACAACCUCGGCAGGCAGUGAGAGCGCUGGCACAUGCCAGCUGCCAGCAGCGGGCAUGCUCAAUAGCAGCGGCGGCAAGCACCCUACUUAUGCUACACUGACCGCAGAUGGGGUGGCUGCUGCCCUGGCCAUGAGCAGCGACAUCAUGCAGCAGCGUGACCAGGAGCUGGAGCAGCAGCAGCAGUUUGGCACCCACAAUUGCAGCAGCAACGGCAACGGCAGCAGGCCUGGCACCGCCAGUGCUUCUGCAGUGGCUGCAGCGGCAGCAGAUGAGCUAUCGGACAAUCGCCUCUCACUCGAGUUUCUGGAGGAAAAUGGCUAUUUUGACAUGCCAAUUCAGCAAGCCGCGGCAGAGCUGCACGUGGGCGUGACAACCCUGAAGAAGGUCUGCCGCGUGAACAACAUUGGACGCUGGCCAUUUCGCAAGCGCUCCUCACUCAACCGCCUGAUAGAAAAGACGCGCGAGUACUUUGCUGGCGACUCGCAGCAAUGCGCCGAGGCGCUUGCGCAGCUGGAGGCGCAGCGCAGCGUGCUGCAGGCGCAGCAGGGGGAGGACAUCCCAGAAAGUGUCAAGCGCUACCGGCAGUCCAUCUUCAAGCUCGAUUACAAGGUCAAGUGUGCGAAACGCAGCGGCAGGUGGCGACAGGCGGUUGAGCAUGGCAGCGGUGGCACUGUCGAGCUGUUGAGUGCGCUGGGCCUGCCUCUCCAGCCCCCAUCACUCUCACCCGGGCACAAUUAG